AUGUUAGACCUUGCAGAUGUGAAGAAAAUGGCAAGCAAGCUCAGAUACGACACUGCUCGUGCUGCGCUGAUUGUUCUCGGUCCAAUUCUGGGUAAGGUCGCUUGGGAGGGGAAAUUACGUGUUCUACAUGUUGCGGACCUGCGUCCAUUAGGUGAUAUUGGACCUGGUCAGUCCGAGGGCGCGAGAGACAUCUCGUGGAUCUGGAAGGCGCCGGGUGCCUUGCACAAUGAUGACGCCGGCCUUCAAGAUUGUCUACGAAUUGAGUGGUGCAAAGCACGAGCACGUGAAGGACGGGGCGAAAUGGGGGAAAGAUCGUGGAACCGCAGCCGUCAUAUCCGGCUCGCAAUGGUCAAACAUGUUCAAGAGCUUUGGGUAGCUGUUCCCUCAAUUGUAGAGUCUCAGCUCCUUCCAGAUGAUGAAGAGAACACUGCGGAGACGUCUGGUGUAUUACUGACCAUGGAGGGCCUGAUGAUAUUAUAUAAUGAUGUAUUACUACCAAUGUGA